AUGGAAGUGCGCACGUGCAGAAAUAUGGCGCAAUGUAGCCCACCUGCAAUGCUGGCAAAUUGUGGCGUUCGACCGGAGGAUAUGGGAGCCACAGCAAAUCGACUGGCUCGUUCAAGCAUCAAGCCAAUCCUAUGGCCGUGGGCUGUUCGUUUGUCGAUACCAUCGACAGAAGAGAGCGAAGAAAUUUUGUGCGGUGGAACGUUAAUUGGUCCUCAGUGGAUUGUCACCGCUGCGCAUUGCGUCACCGAAUGGGUGGAUAAAAACUCGCUUAUGGAACCAAAACAGAACGCCGAAGUUGUUAAUGAUCCUAUAUCUGCAUUUGUGGGUGAUCUUGACAUCCAAACGGGAGAAGAGUAUUUUCAAGUAUACAUGAUACAAAGUGUAAUCUUGCACCCGGCUUUUCAACCGGGUAGAGAGAACAACGGUGCCGACAUCGCAUUGCUGUACAUGAAAGAGCCAGUUGCAGAUUGUAAGUCUCAACAUGAUUUGAAUGCAUCAUGA